AGGCGGUGCAUUGUGCGCGGCGGUGGGGCCGGGCCGGGGCCAUGGAGCGCUGGACCGGGCGCGUCGCGCUGGUCACCGGUGCCUCCGUGGGUAUCGGCGCGGCUGUGGCGCGGGCGCUGGUGCAGCACGGCAUGAAGGUGGUGGGGUGCGCUCGCAGCGUCGACAAGAUCGAGAAACUAGCAGCUGAAUGCCAGAGUGCUGGCUACCCUGGAACCCUCAUCCCAUACAAGUGUGAUCUCUCCAACGAAGAGGAGAUCCUGUCAAUGUUCUCUGCCAUCAAGACCCUUCACCAAGGAGUUGAUGUGUGCAUCAACAACGCAGGGCUUGCUCGGCCAGAGCCCCUGCUCUCGGGGAAGACAGAGGGUUGGCGAACGAUGAUAGAUGUCAAUGUAAUGGCUGUAAGUAUCUGUACCCGAGAGACCUACCAGUCCAUGAAAGAGAGAAACAUUGAUGAUGGGCAUAUUAUUAACAUUAACAGCAUGAAUGGCCACAGUGUUGUGCCACAGUCAGUGGUGCAUUUCUACAGUGCCACCAAAUACGCAGUUACAGCCCUCACGGAGGGGCUGAGGCAAGAACUCAGAGAAGCAAAGACUCAUAUACGAGCUACAUGUAUCUCCCCAGGACUGGUGGAAACAGGAUUUGCUUUUAAACUUCAUGACAAUGACCCCGAGAGAGCUGCUGCAACCUACGAGAGCAUUCGGUGUCUCAAAGCUGAAGAUAUGGCUAAUGCUGUCAUAUAUGUCCUCAGUGCUCCACCUCACGUACAGAUUGGAGAUAUACAGAUGAGGCCCACAGAACAGAUAUCAUAGCAGAUGAAGAGGACUGUGAGCAGCACCGUGUAUCCACUCCACUUCGAACCCUCUGGCAAUUCAGGGUUCCAUCAGCUGGCUGGCAACGUUUUAAUCAAGUACCAAGGAUCAUGUUUGAAGAAUUGUUUUUCUCUCCCUCUCUCUGAGUUGGUGCUGGUGCUGAGCCAGUGUAUGAAAAACGAGUAGUGGGUCUCUUUGUGCCCCACUCCUUUCUGACGCUGUUUUAAGAGUAAAAUGUGUUUGCAAAUAAUGCAGGGAAGUGGUUUGUGGAAGAUUAUUGUCUCCAGGCUGGUUUAUUCUUCCUUUUUCUUUCUUUAUAAGGUUUGUUUCUUAUUUGCUGAUGCUGUGUCUGGACACAGGGGAAGUGGCACAAGGUGUUUGCCAGCUUCAGUGUGCUUAGGGUUUGAGAUGUCAUACAUGAAUCCAUCUAAUUUUGGGGUUUACUUUCAUCAGAUUGAUUACUGAUGGUAAUGAUGCAUGUGGUAUUUUCUACUUCUUACUCCACUGCCCUACACCCAAUGUACAAUCUCGCCCUCCUCCCCAAGCUCUCCUUUCCCAUUCACAUGAAUCAUGCCUGCCGAGUUUGAGGAAGUAUAAAUGUGUGUGCUUGCUAUUUCUCUUUCUUUCUAGGUAGGUAGGUAAAUAGUUGGAGGACGAGCACCUGUACUUCUGCAGGUUAGAAUGAUAAUCUAAGUGGUAUAGUUACAGUAAGAGUGAGUUGUUUGGUAAUUUAAAUAAAAACUAAAUGUGUGCUGUCUUGUGA